ACACGAAUCGAUUUUUGUUUCUUUGCUUAUAUUUUGUUUUUGUUUUUUUUUGCGUACUUGUUCGUACUUACAACGCAGACGGAGUGUGAGUGUACGUAAAACUAACAACUACAGCAACUACAAACAUUCCCUUCAAAAAUAGAAAAGUGCAAUAUGUGCAGUAAGAAGAAUAAAUAUCUUUUGCUGUGUUUGUGUAAACAUUAAGUGAAAAUUUGUUAAAAAUCAAUAAAAAUUUUGAAAUCUUUGUACGCUCGCUGAAUAAAUAAAAGCCGGCAAUGGGAGAAAAAUUUCACUUUAUUGUUUUUGGAGAGUCGGAUUUCGCGUUCGCAUGUUCGUGCGCUCGUUCGUUCGUUCUUUGAUUCGUUCAUCAGAAGUACGUAGAUACAUACACAUCUUGUUUCUUUGAAUAUUAAAAGUUAGUUUUUUGACCAAAUUACGUUAGAGAAGAUAUUUCCUCGCGUUUCUUUUCCUUUACUUACGCUCGUUUAUAUUGAAAAAAAAAAAAAAGAAGCGAAUUCGCAUAUUUUGUCGAAUAACAAAACACAAUUUGUUUCGUGCGGGUAAGGAAGGUAAGGUAAAGGAAAAGAAGUAGAAGUUGAAAACAAAACAAAACAAAACAAAACAAAAAUACACUUGUGAUGAUGGUCGGUCGGUCGGUCGGUCGGUCGGUCGGUUGGUCUUAUAGUCAAGUCGGUUCAAUACAAAGUGAAUUUAUUUUGCCACUGUUUUGACUGAGAAGAAAGAAUCGCGGUUAACAUCUGAAUGUUUGUUCACUGUUGUUGUUAUUUUUAUUUACUGCACAAGUUGAUUGAAAAAGCCGGUGGAUAAAUUGUGUGUGUGCGCAAGUAUGAACGUGUAAUGGUAUUGCUAAAAGUGCGUGUAAACCAUAUCAAGCUAUCGUCGAACUCAACAACAACGGCAUAAUCACGGUAUAAUUUUCCGCAUGCUACAUAUGGUAAAUACAUCGUCCACUCGUCAUUAGCAGCCGCAAUAGUAACAACAACAAUGACAACAAAUUACCAUAUCAAACAAAUACGGCAUUGAACGGUUUUCAUAUUUAUACGUUUGCUUGCCGUAUACGUAUACGUAUAUGUGCUCGUUUUAAUGACGAUUAUACUUCGUACAUGGCUGUUUAUUAGUACUAUUUAGAUAUAUAUAUCCACAGAUUAUCACUAUAUGUAUAUGAACGAACUUCAAAAGACUUCGUGCAAACGCUUUAAAAAAAAAAAAAAAAACGUGACUUAUGUGCAAUGUUUUAGAGGCUUCGGCUUUCUAUAUCUUAUACUUAUCUACUUUCGUACAUUCAUACACUUUUAUGUGUAUUUAAUAUACGUUUAAAUUAAACAUAACAACAACACGGCCAAGUAAAAAUACACAGUAUGCAACUUAUAACGGAAACUACUGCAGCAACAACAACAACCACAACCAUAAAUAGUAGCCUAACAAAUAAGGCUAAAGCACCAAAUACGACAACGCCGCCAGCAACAGUAGUAGCCUCAACAGUGGCAGGGGCAGGGGAAGUGGCAGCGGCAGCGGCAGCGACGAGGGCAGCAGCCAUAUCAGCAACAAAUUGGCAAAAGCCCAAAGUGAAUGCAUUUAAUGAGCUAUUCACCUGUUACCUGUGUCAGGGUUACAUGAUUAAUCCAACAGCUAUAGAUAAUUGUAUGCAUGCAUAUUGUCGCAGUUGUAUAGUUAAAUAUUUGCUGAGCGAAUCUUUUUGUCCCCAAUGUGAAUUGAAUAAUAGAAAACCCGUAACGCUAGUGAAUUUAAAAUCUGAUGAUAUCAUGCGUUCAAUUAUUUAUAAAUUAGUACCUGGUCUCUAUCACAAUGAAUGGGAACGAGUUAAUAAAUUCAUUAAUAAUUCUCAGCUAAAUAAUGAAAAUACAACAUCAGCAACGGCUGUUGCAGUCAACUGUCCGGCCGAAUUGGAGAACUUUUUUGCACCUACUGAGCCCAUCAGUCUAUGUUUAGAGUAUCACCCAUAUUUUGCUAAACAGAUUGCUGAUGAGAAUUCCUUACCACCCACACGUUAUCUGCAAUGCCCGGCCACUUUCAAAAUUCAUCAUCUGAAACGUUUUCUUUACUCCAAAUACGACAUAAACGCAAGCAAUCGAUCAGUGGGCUUAGACAUCAUGUAUGAGUAUGAAAUUUUACCCAAUGACUUUACACUGAUGGAUGUAGCAUACUGCUACGAAUGGAAGAGGCACGCUCCUAUGAAGUUUACUUAUAGAAUCUUAAUCUACAGUGAAGGUUUGUUGCCUUCAAAGGAAUCCAUCACACCAUCGGAGGGCACAAAAGCUAGCGACAUUGUUGAGAAAACUUCUUCUAUGCCUCCCCCAGUCCAACCUCUAGCAGCUAAACGUAAUGAUUUGAAUAAAACUGUAACCAAUCAUGACGAACAACCGCAAUUGCUUGCUGCACCCCCUCCUACGCAGUUGACAUCGGCGUCUGUAUCAAAUACCUCUAAUACUAAACCUAAAAGCAAAACCUCAAAGACCAAGGAAACGAGUUCGCAAGAAUUGAAAGCUCCUGUUAAGGUUAAGGUUACCAUAGCUCGCAAGUCGUCCGAGACAAAGAAACACAAUUCGAAGCGUUCAGCUAACGAUGAUUUCAAUUUUACUUCACUGACAAACGAUUUCAAAAGUUUGCGAAGCAAUGAUAUUCGCUAUAGCAAUUAUUCCAUAACCUCUUCUGUAAAUAUAAAUAACAACAAUAAAAGCAACACUAAUAAUAACAUCAGUAGCAGCGAUAUUAAGAACAAUAGUAACAACAAUAACAACAGCAGCAAUAAUAAUAAUAAUAAUAAUAAUAACAAUAGCAACAACAAUAACAAUAGCAAUCACAAUAAUCAUAUUGCAAAAUCCAAAGACAAGCUUACGUCUGCUGCAUGUGCAAAAGACACAACAGAUACAGUAGGUAAAACGAAAUGUGAGAUUGUGGUUAGCAUACCACAGUCGCAGGUUACCAAGUCCGCAUACGAUUUUGAAGAAGAAUUGGAUAAUCAAACAUUAUCGCAAUUGAAAAAUGCCAGCAGAAAAUCAUCUCAUAAUUCUGCUAAAGAGAUUGCAAAAGAAAGCAGAAAAGAAGAGUCUGCGAAAUCGAAGCCGAAGAACGUUCCCAAACUUAAGAUUGAACUGAACAGUUUAAAGAGUAAAUUAAUUGAAAAGCCCAAAUCAGCCGAUAUACGCUUAGAUAAUCUAAUGGAGCAUCGUGCCAAACAACGUAAACUUUCCCUAGAUGAAAGCAAACCAUUGAAAGAGAAAAUCGAUCUAAAAACCUAUGCUAAGAAUAUCGGUUUAAAGCCAAUCGAAGUGCAAACGAACGCGGAAGCCAGCGAAAGUCAUGACAAAUAUACCCCGAAUGCGUCGCCCAUGUCUUCCUGUUCGUCGACCACUUCGUCUUCGAAUGGUAAUAUAAAUCAUGGCUCAGUUGCCGAUCAUUCCACGUCAUCGUCGUCGUCAUCGCAUAAGAAACGUAAGAAAAAGCAUUCCAAGGAAUCAAGGGAAUCGGGUGGUAGUAAACGCAAGAAACUUCAUGCGGAAAUCUCAUCGCAUUCGGCUGAAGAAAGUCUUAAAAUGAAAGUGAAGUUGACACCGCCUCACAAGAGUCACAAGCAAGAUCACAAGAGGCCCGCAGCAAUUCUACUUGGACCAGAGUUAGAAAAAUUAUCAACAAAUCUUAAACAAAUGCCUCUCGAUAUUUCUUCAAGUAGCGAUGAUAAAAGCAAAAAAGAAUUAACGCAAGAACUCCAGCGAUCUACGAUGUCUGCCUUAACUGCAGCAACGGAAACAAUAACAAGUUGCACCACCAGCUCAUCUAAAAGAUUACAGGAUACGAAAACUUGUAUUCCAGCACCCAUAGUAAUAACUAAGGAAGCUAGUAAGACGUCAACUGUAGCCAUUACCAAAACCUUAGCCUGUAUGAAAGGUUCAAAAUUGCCAGCCUCCCCACCGUUGCCACCGAGUUUAUUUAAAACGACCCCCUUAACUUUUACCACCUUUUCUACGGCGAAUGCUAAUAGCAACACCAUUGUCGCUUCUAAAAUCAAUUUGAAAUUACCGGAAAAAGAAAAAUUUAAACCCAUGCAACAAUUUGUCAAAUCAACUACUGCGCCGUUAAAAUCUAAUGUCAGCAGUAGCUUGGCAACGUUGGCUACAAAAACUCCCUACUUUGCUAUACCUAAUCCACCGAGACCGAUUAACAGUAAUUCAAAUAAAUAUUUAAACACGCCCGCUUCCAUAGCCAGUGAGGCUAACAAGCAGUUAGGAAAUCUUUUGAAACGUUCUGCUUCUUUAGAUGAAAGCAGUUCAUCUAAAAUAGGAGGCGGACUGCUAGGGAGUUGUGCCGCUAGUAAACAAUUAAAGUUAGACCAUUCUAACAAAAUGAAAUGUUACGGUGGCGCAAAAAUUAGUAAAGCGGUACUCUCUGGAAAUUUUCAUUUAAAAUCGUCAGACAUACCAUUGUAUUCGCCAUUGUCAUCGGCCUACAAUCAGACUUGUUCUGUGCCAAAAUCUUACAGUGUAAGCAGCAGCAAAGCGGUUCUCAGCAACGCAAAAGUGCCCAGUGGCAGUGUGACAACACUGACGACGCAAGCAAAUCCAAUAGCCACUCAAGCGACAAAACCGAGUAUAGAAAUAGUGCGUUUUUCAUCAGCCAAUGAAAUUACUAAACCAAUCGCUUUACUUAACUCUCCUACCAAAUCGAAUACAGUAAUGGGUCCUCCGUUAUCGCUAGCCAGGGUAACCAAAAAACCGUCUUUAACUGGUCUCAAGGUAGUGCCCACUGCUGUAAAAUCUCCGCCUUUAAGCACGAUAAUCUCCUUAAAUCCCUCAAAGUUGCCGAUAACCAGCGUCAAUAAUCCGGCGAUAAUGAAUUUUCGUAAUAGUUUAGCUAUACCAAACCAAAGUAAAACUCCUCCUAUAACGGGUAAUAAAAGGACUGAAAGCUCUACGGUUACUAUCAACGCUAUUAUCGCUGCAUCCAAUUCGGGAGUUAAUGGCUCUGAAAAACCCAAGUGCAGCUUAAGAGAAUUUCGCUUGCCUUCACGCGACUCGGCCUCAGACAUUUUGGACUUAUCGGCGUCAAAGAAAGUACCAACAGGUACGAAUGGUACGUCAGUCAUGAAACGGCAAUUAGCCACAAUAAGUGCUGCUGCUGGCGGCAGCUUGGAAAUGGCUUUAAAUAAAAUCAAACAAAAUAUGGGAUCCAACGCUAACAACAGUGAAUCAUGUAAUAGCGUCAGCACAACUUCCAAGGCUUAUAGUAAAUCAGUAAAAAGCUCGACACCGAAUCAAGAUGAUUUACUUAAUCUGCAUAUGUUAUCAGAGUCUGCUACGACGCGGGAAAAAAUUGCAAUCCCCGGCUCGGUGACAUCCUCUAUUUAUGGAAAAACUAAACUGGGACAAACAGCUCUGGUGCGACAACAGAAUGCCUCAGUACGCAAUAUACCUAAUCCGUCAGCUUUAGCAUUUCGCAAUCAACAGCCGAUAAUGGUGCCCUUGGUCGCCAUACCAAAAUCGCUAACACUAAAUGCUAAUGAUAACAACCUAUCAAUAAAGCCGAAAACUGAGCCUUCAACUCCUCCUCGAAUACCUUUAAGCUCGACGGUGACGCCACAAAGCACUAAUACAACAACGACGAUCAACAGUUCCAUGUCACCUUCACGAUCCGUAACAACAUCUACGAAAAAACACGCAAGUAUAGAUGAAGUGGCAGCGACAUUAAAUAUUCGUGCUGCUGCGGCUGAGGCUUCAGCUAAGGCUACACUUAUUAAUGCUAUUAAUACUACUAUUACCACUACUAGCGGAACAUACCAUAACGAAGAGCCAGUUCAGGUUACCACAACUUCAUCUUUAAAAGCAAUUGAUCAACCAACUAAAACCAACAAUGUAAUGGUAGAUAAAAAAGAAUCGUUAACUGCGACGCAUAAAAGUGCCCAACUGUCUACGACAGUUGUUAGCGAUAUCUUGGGAGUGGUAGAAAUAAAACAAGAAAUUCCUGACGACCAACAUAGCGAAUCCAUAGCGGAACAAACGGAAAUUAAAACCGAAUUACCAACCACCACCACCACCAUCACUUCACUAGCUUUCGCCAACAAAGACGAAACUUGCUCGUCAGCGAUAGAGAACUCCUUAGCUACAACAACCACCACCACCAACACCACAGCUAGUGCUAAAUUUUAAAAGUCAUCUAUUGAAGCUUUUCAUUAUAGAAAAAUGCUUCAACAUUUUAACCCAGUGUAACUACAAUAUAUAAUGCGUUUGCUGUGACAUCAUUUAUGGUACAUGUAUUUUAAAAUAGGCAAGAAAAGCAAAAAAAAAA